GCAAUUUUCUUUCUCUUUUUUCAACUUUUCCUUUCCUUCCUCAUCAGCAUAUCAAUCUUUUAUGAUCUCUUUCUUAGGUUUUUGUUGUUCUUAAACAUAACCCAAAUCGAUUUUCGAGAUCUUUACUUUUUCAACUGGUCUUGCUAUAAGUAUAGCUGGUUGGUGGUAACUGGUCUGACAUUCUGAUAAACUUGAUCAAAAGAUCACAUGAAACACAACAUAUAUAAGAAGAAAUAAUUGAUUAAGCUGCGGAUUUAGAGGUUAAAACAAGGUGGAUCGGAAGCAUGGGAAGAGGCCUCUUCCGUUGGAUGCAUCGGAGGAGAAAAAGGAAGAUGACGUAUUCUCUCUCUACUCAUCGUUUGGUCAGCUGGUCCAACAAGGUACCUCUUCCAUGGCUGCAGCAUCAGCCUUUGCACAUCAUCACAGUCUCAACACCCAAAGUGAUAUCUUGCCUCACCAGCAAGCAACUGAUCAGGUGUCUGUCCUGACAGAGCAAGACCGGUCCUCCCUUCCUGCAAAGGAUCAAGUGUUUCUUCUUUGGAAAGGAAACGUGAUCAGGAAGAGGCACUAUAGAGGUGUAAGGCAGAGACCAUGGGGGAAGUGGGCAGCCGAAAUCCGCGACCCCAAGAAGGCGGCUAGAGUUUGGCUGGGUACGUUUGAUACCGCAGAAGCUGCAGCAGCUGCUUACGAUGCAGCAGCCUUAAAGUUCAAAGGAAGCAAAGCCAAGCUUAAUUUUCCUGAACGUGUUCAAGGAGGGGGGUUGCAUCAGUUUUGUUUCUCUGCAUGUUCUAACAAUAAUCCCAUCCCUGUUCCUAAUGAACAGGUUCCAAGCUCAGUUUCUAGUUCUACUCCGCAACUUCCUCCUUCACUUCCAAACAUCGCUCCUUCUUCAUUACCCCAUGAAGCAUUCCCGUACCUGUCACAAUAUAUGCAGCUGCUUUCAAGUGACUUCACUGAUAACUAUUGGCAAUACGUUGAAUCAGCUGGCCUCCAUAUUCAACAACCAGCUCUCUUCUCACAUUCUUCUUCAUCCGUGACAUCCUCUACCACUUAUUCAGGAAUGGCGCAAAACCAAGUAGGGGAAGAUAAUGAGUUGCCAAGGUUUUCAUCACCAGCACAGAUGGGAAGCUUUUCUUCUUCUUCUUCUUCUUCUCCUAGCUCUCAUUUAUUUCUUAAUCAAGGGAACGAUUAUUCUGAGGGCAGGAAACCAAAGGAGUAGCCGCGUGCAGGAGGGUUCAUCAAGUACAUUCAUUAGGGAAUCUUGGUCAUAACCCUCUCUUCUAGCUUUGGAUGAAUGAAACCAUAUGAUAUUAUAUUAUUUUCAGUUUUUUUUUUUUAAUUUCGAGUAAGAUGAAUGAGUUUCCUAUCAUCAGAUGACAAAUGAAGGGUCGAGAUUAUCUUAAAAGAAUUCAUGCUAGUCUGCCUAGCUAGCUUGCUAGCCUCAAACAUUCUGAUGAUAGGCAUAUGAUGGUCAGUGAAUUUGAUAAAACAGUAUUACUCUUUUCGUCUAUAA